AAACGCACCAUUUUUGUCGUACUUCUUGAGAUGAUUAUUCAUUGCGAACGGAGAACAUCAUCGUGGACUGACUGUGGAAUGUCUUUUCGUCGUGUAAAUUUGUAAUUUUUCAGUUUAUUGCAUUAUAUAUUUCCAACAAAAAAGUGACUGUUUCAUCAAGAAUAUUGCUGGAGUUCAAAUUAUCGACAUCAAAACAAAAAACUGUCUUUUCCUGUCUUCUCGGCCAGUCGUGACAAAAAGAAGGAAAAUUUGCAAACGCGAUUAUGUGAUUGCUUAGUUGCUGGUGAGCUGUGUGUGUGAGAGAGGAACUUGAUUCUUUUCUCACUCAUCGACGUCCGUUUUCCGUUUUCUUCUAUUUGUCGGAAAAGUAGCGAGGAAAAAAACCAUCGUGGACAGUCGCAUAUCGAAAACGGGUGAAAAUUUGUGGUGUGAUUGACUGCACCAGUGGGCGGAUUCGAAUAUAAAAGUAAAUUGUCGAGUUCCAACAAAAUUUUAUUCUGAAAAGCUCGACGGAAGCGCAUUUUGGAUACACCAUAAAAUACUUCGAGGGAAAUAAGAGCAGCGUACGGCUAAAAGAAGAAGCAGCAAACAGUGUUCCGUCCGUAUCUUGAACACGGCCAGUGUACGUACGUGUGGUACAACCGUGUGUGUAUUUGUACUCGCGGCCUCGAAUUGAAAAAUAAUGAGUCGCCAUGAAGGUGUCAGCUGUGAUUCGUGUUUGAAAAGUAACUUUCGUGGACGUCGCUACAAAUGUCUUAUCUGUUACGAUUACGAUUUGUGCGCUAACUGUUAUGAGGAAGGAGCAACCAGCACACGACAUUCAGCUGAUCAUCCAAUGCAAUGUAUUCUCACGAGGUCCGACUUCGAGUUGUACUACGGCGGUGAAGUCCUAACUCCGGAUCAGCCACAGUCAUUUACUUGUCCAUACUGCAAGCGUAUGGGACUCAGCGAUUCUGCUCUACUUGAGCAUGUAAGUUCCGAACACACCGACACCGGAUUAGAAGUCGUCUGUCCCGUGUGUGCCGCUCUUCCUGGAGGCGAUCCCAAUUUGGUGACGGACGAUUUUGCUGGACAUUUGAGCCUUGAGCACCGAAGUGGAUCCCGAGAUCUGAUCUCGUUUCUAGAUGAGCCCUCAGCUAUUCGACAUGGAGGUGUGCGGAGGAUGCCACAUUCGGGGCGAGCGCUUGGUGGACCCCGCUCAAGGCGUUCCAACAUGCACUUCAGUUCAUCGGGUGGAGGGUUGUCGACACUAUCGCCUUCGGGUCGAGAAUCGGUAGAUCCUAUCGCAGAAUUACUGCAACAACUGUCAAGUGUUCGCCGCGGGGGCGCACCUCAGCCAUCACAGUUACAGCAGUUGCAGAUGCAGAUACAGUUGGAACGUCAGCAAGUUACUGCCGCUCGACAGCAGCUGGAACGAUUACCGCGACGUCAGCAGCAACCAGUAGUGACCUCUGCGACAAAUGCAACCGGUAGCAAUAAUGCGACAGGCAGUGCCAGUACAUCGCAGCAGUCGAGUUCCAUUAUCACACUCAACGCAACCGGUGCUCGUGAUGCGCCGAUUGCUUCAUCGUCAUCGCUACCAAUGGUAUCCUCUGGUAUCGGGGCUUGUAAUAUCCUUGGCAGUGUGUCGACAGCCACAGCAGUCUCCCAACAGCAAAUACAAUUCUUGAUGGCCCGCUUCAUGGUACCAAGUCUGGACGAUACCGAGUUAGCACAAUUAGAGCGCGACAGAGCCGACAGAUCACAGUUUGUUCAAGCUUUAAUGUUAUCAACCAUCGCCAAUAUACAGUCAUUUAGUAAAAAUACUGAGGAUGAUGUGACGGAUGAGUUGAAUUCUUUGAAUUUGGGUGUUGGAGGAGACAAUACUAGCGGUACUAGAAAUGUGAAAAGAACCACUGGGGACACCGAGGAGCAGGAUGGUGCCGUGAAUAACAAGGAUGACGGCAAUUGUGAUAAUCUAAAGCAGGUGGAAAGUGAUAGCAGUGUCGCUGAUGAAUUACAGACUUUGCAUACCCCGCACAUGGUGGCACGUGGUGGUGCGAGUCAACCCCAUUCAGGUAAGGGUAAAUCUUCGUCCAAAUCUUUGACUAGUGCUGGUGGGGGAGGUGGUGGUGGCGUUGAUAGACGCACGCGUCAACAACAACAGACAGCGAAUACUGCUAAAGCACGGGAACUAAAACAGGCAAACUCGUCAGCAGCCAGCACACCGAGUUCAAUGUCAUCAAAACAUGUUCCCGAUCCUAGGUAGUGUUGCAUAACAACAAUUUGAAACAACAGGAGCUAAAAUAUACAAGAUUAAUAUCAUCAAAAACUGUAUGAACUUUUCAUUAAACGGUGAAAAAAUAGUCGCAAGUUUAUAGAGCACCGCGAAAGGAGGUAAAUUAGUAAUACAUAUAGAUGCAGAAUAUAAUUGCAAAACAUAUAACAUCUAAGGGAUUAUUAUUACUGGAACCAGAGUAAAAUAAACACAGAUUAUUCAACCAGAAAACAACCUAUUGCUAAAUAAUAUUUAUGAACAUAACAAACGUCACCUACGAUCGAAAUUCUACUUAAUUUUAUAAUGAACUUAAAUGUUGAACGAGUAGCGAGCGAGUAUACACAGUUUGACGGAAUGGAAAAUAUAUAGAACGAUAUAAUCAGAAACAAGGGUUUGCGUAUCAUAUUUCGGAUAUUCAGAAACCAGUUUGUCAACUGCAAAUAAAUUCGGUGACCGCGUAGACAACCCUAUUUUCGUGGUAAUGCAUGCUUUUGAUGAAAUACUUCCCAUUGUAAAACUUUUUGCCUUUCAUCAAACUGCAUGCGAUCCGUUUAAGAGACUGUUCUAACAUUCGUUCAAUAGAGGAAAUACACAUCUCGGUGACAUGAUAACACUGUUUUCUCACACAUCAGCAACCUUCCUCCUCCUUUCCAAUAAAGUGAACUAUUCUGCAUCAAAAGCAACCGUUUGACGAAAUCGAGUCAUUGGAUUAAAGGAUAUAAUAGAAUUUAAUUUUUAAUUCAAAAUAAUAUGCGUAUGAUGAAAGUGAGUGUAGAAUUUAGUACAUGCGAUAACAAACAGGCAAAGAUACACAUAAAAUGAACGAUUGACUUAGAAGUUUUAAAAAAUACAUAGAAAAAAAUCAUUCAACGCUUCUCAAGCAGUUGAAUGAAGAAAGAUUUAAUUAUAUCCGAUUCUGUUACAUCCCUACGUUGUCGAUUUUCGUUGCAUUCGUAAACAAAUCCUUAAGCUGUGAAAUAUUGUAAAAAUCAAUCUAGGAAAUAACGUUUAUAUUGAUCAGCUCUAACGAUUCCUCAAAUUUGCGCUAGAUUCGUUACGCUUAUUGAAUGUGUCUGUUCCUUACGGAUUGUUUUGCCUAUCGACGAAAAAAAUCGUACUACUUUUGUGUACAUUUAGAUCAUUAAUCGUAGAAUGGUUUCCGAAUCGGCCUCGCGAUUCAUUCAAAAUUUGUCCUUGUUCUUAUUUAUUUAUUUCGUAAUUGAUUCUCAUGCGACGAUCAUAAAUAUCAUAACAAGGAUUAUUGAGCAAAACUAUAUUUACCUAGUGCUUGUAUAGAAAUUUAAAUUUUAAUAAAAUGGUCGAUAAUUACAAGGUAAAAUUCAAUGUUAAAAAUGAAUAAAACAAUAUGAAAAU